AUGACUUUGUUCCUCUCACAGGGUGGAAAUCAUCAAGUGGUUCUGACAACUGUGAGCAAGGAGCCUCUUCCUCACCAUGAUCGUCAUCGUCAUCGCGGAACAAACAAAGAUGAAAAUUAUUGCAUUACGAAACAAUAUUGCUUUUUGAAUAGAGGACGAGAGGAACGACUGGUGAUACAAAUCCCUUCGGAAUUGCUGCACCAUGACAGCAAAAGAAAUUUGAACAAGGAUUUGGAACCUCAAGUGAUUUGGUACCAUGGAAGCUCUGAUGCUCUUCGGAUUCAUAGAAAAUAUAAAUAUAGCAGCCAUCAACAAAAUCCCAGUGUUCCAAUUAUUCCAAAUGAUGUUUGCUUGUGCUCUUUCUCUUCUAAUGAAGUCAUGUUGUGCAUUUUGUUGGACAAUAAUAGAAUCGAAAUUUAUGGAGAAUCAGGUAGAUCUUUCAUUGUUUCUCUUCCUUUCAAAAUUCACAAAUUAUGGAGUUUAAAUAAUCAAAUUUUGAUUAUGGAAAGGAAAAUUUUGAGUGUGGAACAGAAACAAAACACAAAUCCAAUGCUGUACUUUUUAACGAGCCCACUACAUGAAGUGAAGGCAUUGGCUUCUGUUAUUGGGCCUGCCUCAGUACAACCUGGAGUUACCUCAGAUGAUGGAGACGUGCUGAUGGAUGGUGAGCAAACUUUUGACUACAUGAAAAAUGGUUACGAAACCAUCUUGUAUCUUUAUUCAGACCUUUUUAUGGUCACUCAUGACUCCAAUUCCAAACUCAUAUCUCUUUAUUUAUUUCUUGAAGAAGGAUUUGUCCAGAGAAUACAAUUUUCAGAAAACUGUGCGGAGUAUUUGAAAUGCGUCGAUACUGAAUAUUUGCAAAUAUCGAUAUUCCAUGUUGAUACGUCUGGCAAUCGAUACAUUUUAUAUGUAGUUAAUAACAACACAUUAUUUGCUUUCGAGAUAGAAAGAAAUUCACAAGAGGAAGAUUUUUUCCUAUUGCCAAAAUUUUCAAAACAAGAUGUCAUUGCAGUUGCUGAAUUCAAUGAUUCUCUGGUCAACGAAAAAUUGUUUAAUGGGAAUAUCGGCGGAGGUUUGCACCUUAUGCUAAUCUCAGAAAGCUCUAGAGAUGGAUUAAUUCUUGUUUUGAAUGGAGAGUACAUUAUGUGGAAUCAAUCCUUAGAAAAAGGGGUAUUUAAGAAAAUUGAUUUUGUUGUGGAAAACAGGUUUUCUCUCGCUUCUAAUGACUCUCUAUUCAGAUUUUCUCUUGAUAUUUGCCCUUCAUCUAAGCUUGUACAGGAUUGUCUAUCAGUUUUUCAAGCAAUUUUGAGCAAGGAUCUUCAUUGUAGCAUUUUUUAUGAUUUUCAAAUUUCGAGAAAUGCAGCAUUUCAAGAAUGGGAAAUAUUUUCUUCCUUAAUCCUUUACUUAGGAUUAAAUAUCAUGCCUCCAACGCAGCAAAUUCCUGAGGAUGAUCCGUGGAAAUUGAUGGAGUUUUUGGAGACCAAUUCGUCAACCAAUAAUAUAUGCAAUACUCCAUGCAUGAUUGACUUUUCCAAAUUACAAACGAGCAGCAAAACCUUGGUGGCCAAUUUACCGCUUAUCCUGUUUUCUCUGCAUCUCCUGUACGAAAAUUACAAACUACAUGUAACAGAAUGGAGCAAGAUGGAGAUGUUAGGCUCCUUACUUUUUGAAAUAGCUACUACUUUACAGUGGCAUUCCUAUUGUGAAGUUUAUCAACGUGAUUUUAAUUAUACUCUCACUUCGAGAACAAAAUCAGCAUUACCCAACAUGAGGAUUGAGUUGAAGAAUGACAAUAUCAAAUUUUUAAAUGAAUACUAUGCGAGUGGAAUAUUGACUCCAAAUAUUAUGGGAUGGAUUGAGGAGAUAUUAUUAAACGGCUCAAUAGACAAGUCGUGUCUUUAUCCGGUUAUCUCAAAUUGCAGUGCCACAUCUCUGAGUAAGAAAGUAUGCCGAUUAUUUUCAUUGCUUGUUAAUGGUUCUGAUGAUAUUUAUGACAUUCAUAACUCGUCUUCAGCAACAAGCGAUAUUUAUAUGGAUGUGAACCAUUUACAGGCUCUUUCGGAACUUGCUUCUCACGAAAGAGUUGCAAUUGCCCUCUUACAAGAAGGAUUUACAAGUAUUGACCAAUUAGAGUUUUUGCCAUUCAGCGUUUCUUUGCCUAUUCGAGAAGCUCUAAUACUUUGUAGAAACUCCAAUCAACCUGUAACCAGAACCACAAAAUUCUGUAAAUUGAUUGAAAGAGAAGAUCUUUCCAUUAACAACAAUCAAUUAGAAAUGGAAAGACCGUUCAGAGAAAAGCAGAUCAUUUCAGAAUUUUCAAAAAUUGCAGGAGUUCCUCCUCCAAACUCAUCUUCCUCAGAAACCGAUGAAGAUAUUGGACACAUGAUUUGGAGUGAAGACAGAAGGCUUGAGCAAGUAAGCAAAAUGCUGGACAGUAGCAGGCCUACGCAAAUACAAAAACAUACGCUCCAGCUGACAGAAGAUGAUCUCGAUGGUUUUGAUCCUAAUGAUGCUCCUGAUUUACAACGUCAAAUUUUAUUGAAUAUUAAGCAACAGUUAUUAUCUUUUUGCAUUGGAAAAGGAAUGCUUACUCUAUCAAGCAAACGUCACAUUAAUAGUUCCAUCUCAAGAGACACCACAGCCAGUAAUGUUUUAGCAGUUCCACCAAUAGCUCUUUCAGUCAAACUCAAAAGAAAUAGAGCCAUCAUGUCUAUUGAUAUUUCUAAAAUUGUUUUGGAGAAUGAAAUUUCUGCAAGUUGCAGUACACAAUGGGCAGAAUUUCACAAUGGAGUGGCCACCGGUCUAACCAUUGGAACCGAUUGCAAAAUUACCAAAGAAUGGAUCAUGUUUCACAAACCAAACAAACGAGGGACUAGAUAUUUGAAUGACAGUGUGACUCAUGCUGGAUUACUUCUGGCUUUAGGAUUGCAAGGUCACUUAAAGUGUCUUGGACCUACAGAUAUUUAUGGCUAUCUUCAGCAGCGACAUGAAGCGACAACAAUCGGUAUUUUAUUGGGUUUAUCUUGUUCAUAUAUUGGAACACAAGAUCAGUACAUUACUCGAUCCCUCUCGCUCUACAUUCCUUCGCUCGUGGUAGGUAUGAGCGAUAUGGAAAUGCCAAUGGAAGUGAGCGGUUCUGCAUUGCUUGGAAUUGGCUUACUCUAUAUGGGUAGUUGUCAUCGAUUCAUGACUGAAGUUCUAUUGGGAGAAUUGGCUCGACCACCCAAUGAUAAUUCAACAAACACACGAGAAAGUUACUCUCUAUCUGCUGGAUUAGCUCUUGGAUUGGUUCAUUUAGGCAAAGGCCCAACUGGAAACAGUCACGAAUUGAAAAUGGACCAAAGAUUGCUUUCAUACAUGACAGGAGGUAGCAAACGUCCCGAGUUUGACAUGUUUGCAUUAAUGGCAUCCAAAUCUAAGGCCCAUCCAUCAUUAAAGAACGGAACCAACAGUUCAGAGGCCGUGACAAGUACAUGUUCAAGAAUUAAGGAAAAUGAAAAAUUUGUGAAUGUGGAUGUCACAGGUCCAGGAGCAUGCCUUGCUCUCACAUUGAAAUAUCUUAAAACACAUGAUGAAGCUAUCGCUUCAGAAAUGAAGGUUCCAGACACAAAAUACAUGUUAGACUAUGUCAGACCGGAUAUGAUUAUUCUGAGACAACUUGGCUCCUCGUUAAUCAUGUGGAACACCAUCAAGAACUCUGAGUGUUGGAUUAAAUCAAAAAUUCCAGAACUCUUUCGUUCUACUCCAGCUGAAACAAUCAUUGACAGCAGUGAGUUGUGUAAGAUUUAUGCUCACGUUAUUUGUGGUUGCUGUCUUUCUAUUGGUUUCAAAUAUGCUGGAUCCCAUGAUUCCAAAGCGUUCGACUUGAUUCUGAAUAUUGUUCAACAAGCAAUGAAAAUGAGACUGAAACUUUACGCACACGAUGCAUCCAUUCCCUACUAUGUAAAAUUAGACAAAUUUACAUCAGAUAGAACCAUCAUCAUCGGUCUACUCAGUUUGAGUUGCAUCAUGUCAGGAAGUGGAAACGUUGAAGUCAUUCGAUUGGUGAAACAGCUCAGACAGAAAUACAUUUCAUCUCCCAGUACACUGUACGGUGGUUAUGGAAUUCACAUGGCAUUGUCCAUGUCUCUUGGACUUGUCUUCUUGGGAGGAGGAAGGUUCUCUCUUUCAACCAGUGAUCGAUCGAUUGCAGCUCUAUUGUGUUCAUUGUAUCCUGUUUUCCCUCAGACAACGACAGAUAACAGGUAUCAUUCACAAGCGCUUCGUCACUUAUACAUUCUAGCAGCUGAGAAUAGAUUAUUGGAAACUCUUGAUAUUGACACAAAAGAAUCAUGUCAUGUUCCUGUCACCAUUGAGACCACUCAGGGAAUGACUUUACAAAAACUAAGUCCGUGUCUUAUUCCUGAAUCACAUUUAAUUUCCAAGAUUACCACGAGCAAUGAAAGAUACUAUCCUCUCACCAUUACUGAGUUUCCACUCAAAAGUAAUAUCAUUUAUGUGAAAAAGAAAUCUGGAUAUUUAACACAUAAGGAUGAUCCAAAAGGAAUUCGUUCAUCCGUUCACUCGAAUUUUAUUAGCAAUCUCGUGGAUCAAAAUCCAGAUAAUUUGGUAAAACUCUUUGAGAAAAUGUCCUCUGGUUCUCACACUCAUAUUGCUCCCUAUGUGAAGUAUAGAAUAUUUGGUCAAAAUAGCUCUACUGGAGUGGAAGAACAAACCUUAACAAAAGCCAUCCAAUCUCUCUCUUUAAAUGAUACCGCUAAUGGAAAUAUUGCACUCUUGUUGUAUCAUUCGCUUGUGGAUUCUCUCAUGAAUGACAGUCCAGAUGUACUCUACAUUUUUGAACAUGUGCUCGAAGCCCUACGAUUAAUAGUUGAAAGAAGUUCAUGCAACAAUGGUAGUGGAACAAGCUCAAAUAAUUUUGACUCGGCUCCAACAAGAAUCAACUUUCUUUCAAAAUCCAUCUAUAUUUCAUGCUUUAAGCAAUUAUUUGCAUACCACUCAUCUAGGGAUCGUUUGUUGAAACAGCAAAGCUCACAAAGCUCACUGUCAACAAAGCCACUAAUUUCGCAACAUUUCAUCGAGUGCAUUAGAAAUUAUUUGGAAAAUUAUUUUGCAUCCAUGGAUCUCAUUAAUUGGACUGCACCAUCCACAAACGAAAAUUUCGGCUCGUUUUGUACCUUUUACUCCCUUCCUUAUUUAUAUCUCAUCCAGCAAUUGGUACAGCAAAACAAGAACCAAUGCAGUGCAGAGCUGUUAGUCCGCUGUUUGAAGUCCAUUCAGCCACACUCCUCGAUUCCUACCGCCCAAAUUGAGCGCCUUGUUCAACAUAUCAUCUCUCGGUCUCCAUGA